GCACAUUCCACUCAAUACGGACGACAGUCGUUGUGUCGCCUAUCGCGUGCAUUUAAAGAAUACCAGCUGUGAUUGUAUUAUAUUAGUUUUGUGUGCAAGUGACACAGUAACUGUGCUGUUUGUUGUAUAACAGAUGGGAGCAGCUGAUGCGACUAUGUAAUAAGAUGAAAAAUAGUUCUUCUCAAAUAAACCCUGGGCAAGUGAGGUUGCUUUUGUUUAAGGAGUGUGAUAGAAGAGGGAGAAAACUUCUGUUUGAUUCAUCUACAAUAGAAAAAGUUCCAUCCAACAAAAAUGAUAAGCCAAGUAACAAACAGACAAGUGAAAGAUGUAUCCUGGAGGUAUCAGAGGGAUUCUCCUAUAUUUACAAGGGGGCGGCAGCGGACGCGAAUCUUCUCGGUGAGAUGAUAUUUGGAGCUGUGGCUAUGAACUACAAGAAUGUUUCUUUGAAAAUUCAUAUCAUGGAUGAACCUAGAAGACUGAUGUGCACGAAAGUGUUUUGUGUGCCAACUGCCCGUCGCGUGAGCCGCGUGGAAAGAAAACAGGAGGAAAAGAGUAGCAUGACGAACGGUUGCAGUGGUUCGAAAUCCCUCAAUGUACCUCUGGUGACCGAGGAAGGCGUGUCCAUGAGUUUCUCCAUAGAACGGGGAGAUUCUGGUUUCUACGGAGAGCAUUCACCAUACAGCAGUGUCGGAUCAACUUAUGACUAUGUAUCCAAGUUUGAUGUCUGGGACGGCAGUAAUACUCAAGAAGACUUAUACACCUUCAAAUCACCAUCGGGUCGCAAGCUAAGCACGUCAAGCAAUGGAAGUUGGCAGCGUCGGACGUUUCAGAAUCUGGCCACCAGGUUUGAUCUCGGGAACAACCACCUUCUCAAUCUGCCGCAAACCACCAGCAACGUCACGAGCACUGAUUCACAGGUGUAUAGCAAUAGUUCGACCAGUGACAGCUUAACAAGUACUGGAUCGUCGAUGACACAGAGAAGGAGCAAACUAGGUCUGGCCCUUCUGUUUACCGUCACCAAUGGCGCUGAUAUAGACCUGGUCCGAAGAUGUGUCGAGAAUUCGCCUCAGCUUCAAGCCCUCGUGGGUAGAGUGCGGUUAGCCACUCUAGCGGCAGGCGCGGGUUCUGGGUUCAUUUCCACGUUACACCGUGCGGCUUGCGAUGCUGGCAAAUGGUUGUCGGACCUGAUGUACGGGCCUCGUCUGCAACCGAUGUGGUUGACUCUAGUCUCCAGAGAUGCUCAAAUCAGAAACAACAUGGCGGAGAAUCUUCUAUCUGAUCUCUGCUCCGUUCUGGCCGUCGGAGACACCAAAGACACUAACUUUUUCAUCAGCACUCUUCUAACGCACGUUCUGACAUACCACCUCGGAUGGGUUCCAACAGUCAGUCCCUAUGACACAGUCGACAGCCAGAAACUGCCAUCAGAAAGCACAAACAGACAGAAACCAUACAACGCUCUGUGGGCGCAACUCAGCGAUCUUUGUGGCAGCAUCGGCUGCCCUCCAAGAGCCGCAAGAACCAUCAUCAGUGGAACAACUAAUCCAGACUUCAUUCAAAGACUUCUGGUCGUAUUGACUUACUUCUUAAGAUGCGGUGACGUCGCCCGAACUGACUUCGAAUUCCAAGAUCGAGUGCCAAAGGAGACCAAAGUGGUUAACGUGCAAGAAGUCAGUGAAAAUGCUUCAAAAAAUAGCUUGAAUGUGCCGACAGUGAAUACUCAAAGUAGCAAUAGUAGUGUAUGUACGGUGGUAACGAGCGAAGACUUCAAGCGAAGCACAACGCUCGCUAACAUUAGUCAGCAGCUCUCUAGUAGUUCCGAUGUAACAGAAAAUGGCUGCACCAGCACGAAACCUUCCGGACUAGCGCUCAGGAGGAAUCCCACGACGAUAAUGCCGUUAAGAGCUUCUUCAGAUACCAGCUUAAGUUCAUCCGGUCCAGAAGAAGUCGUAGAAGAAAAAAGCGUAUUGUUCGUCUUGGGAGAAAAUGAGAAAUUAGUCGGGCUCAAAAACAAAAAGUCCAACGACGGGAAGAGCGUCAAAAAGUCCUCAAAAGUCCACAUAGAGCCUAUCAAAUUAGACGAACCGAAGGAGGAAGUCAGUACCAAAGAAAAACACGAGAGAAACUCCGUCAGCCCGUCCAAGUGUUGCUCUCAGAUACUUCAACAUUCCAAACCUAUCAAACAUUCCGGUUUUAAGUUCGAGUUCGAUAAGUACCCUCAGAUAGUCACUAAUUAUAUGAAGAGCAAAAACUUAGAAAUACUAGAUAGACAUUACAUAGGGAAACCGGGGAAUUUGAAGAUGGACAAUUUCCAGUUUGACCCGACUAUAGUGCCAGACCUGAAUAGUUUCCAAGAGGAGAGGUGCGAGACUUGUUAUAAAUGUCAGUUGAUAGAAUCCACUCUCCAAACUCCAACGAAUGCUUCUGAAAUGGAAUAUAUGAAUGACAUUCCACGGCCGUCAGAGCCACAGUAUGCUAAGCAAUCAGUUGUGAAGGAAGAGUCACAUGGAGAGGUGUCGCCGAAGAAUUUUGUUCGGAAACGGCAAGAAAAUACUGUAGUUAUCAACCCUAGUAAAAGUUGUAGUGUUAGUGUAGCGGUUAGCAGGGAAAUGAGGAGGACAAUGAUUCAAGAGAAGAAGAAUAGAGAGUUCAAAGUUAAUCGAGUAAUCGAGUUUCCAAUGCCGGAGAUGUGUCCCCUGAAAAAACCGGAAAAGACGAGCGCGGGAUUCUGCGGGUCGAUGUUGGGAGGAGUUACUGACCAUUAUGUACCUGAUUUAGUUUUACAAGGAACAAUAACAAAGUCAAACGCGUGGGAGUCGGAGUUGCGUCGCGACUUGGAGCUAACUUCGUACCUGAACAAGAUCCAUGAGACGCCUUUGCAGUCUAUAGCCAUCAUAGGAAAUACUUCUACAUGGGAGGUGCGAGUGUCGGGUGGCGGUGGUGUGUGCGGGGGCGGGGUCGGGGGCGGGGGCGGGGGCGGGCUGUCGCCGCUGGUGGGCGCGGCGCUGGACGCGCUGCCCGCCAUGCGUCGCGCGCGCGUGCCCGCGCUGCAGUGCCUAACCUUCCUAGAGGGCAAAUUGCGUGAGUUUUGCGUCUUAUCCAAAUCGUUGGCAGAUAUGCUUCUCUGCCGCGAUUUCUGCGACAUCGGUACCCUGACGCGGUCGCUCAACAUCGACGUCAAUGACGUCCCCCUGCUCCUCGCCGUGGCCACCACGCACACACCGCAAGUCGCAGCCAGAUACGGCAUCAGUUAUAGAUAGUACCGUACGCAGAGAAGACUAGACUUUCGUUUCCUUCAUAUACUCUCUCUUUCUAUCUCAUUUUCACGUGUUCCCGUUGUUGUGACACCGCGAAGCUUGGGGCCAGCGUUAAAUAUAAACCAUUCAAGACAAUUUCAAGAUAUGUCGUUUCGUGCAUACAAGAAAGAGAAAAGCGUAUUUAAUACACUAGAAGAAACGGGAAAGAGCUAACAUCUUUUCUCCCUCAUUGUGUGUCCGGUUUUACAACGCCUUCCUUACCGCUUUGUAUAGGGUGGGCCAGAGAGAUGUAUGGACACUUCUAUCUCAUUUGGCUACGUCGUUGUCUGUAGUUUUCUUAAUCUUUAGUUAGUUCUGACUUUGUUUAUGACGAUUUUGACAACUGUUUCAUUACCUGUGGUCAUAUCUGAGAUAUUUCACGUUUUAAUCGUCACAAUUAUAUAUAUAUAUACGACAUGCGAUACCAAUGCCGCAACCACCGCGCGGUUGUAUAUUUAUAAUAAUAUAUUUUGUUUUUACUAUGAAAAAAUUCCACUAUUAAACGUUGUCAAAAUGGUCUUAAGUUUGUUAUAGUAUAAACUACGCCAAUAAAGAAACGAAUACAAAAUGCUGGCAUGAAAUUUGAUAUUUUGUUUAAUCUGGAAAAGGGUUUUCGUUGGUGAAAUUUUAUUUGAGAGACUAUUAGACUGAUAUAAUUGUACAGCCAUUUUUAUUACGUUUUCUUUACUGGCGUGGGCUACAUGCCAAAACUUAGUUCACAUAAACCUUCACAUUAAGUAUAAUAUAAUGCUAGACUUAUCAUAUGGUAUAAGGCGAGAAGAAACUAGAAAAGGAAUAGAUACUGACAGACGAUUGAACAGUAUCUUAAAUAAUAUUUAUCAACUGGGAUUUCUGGAUUUUUUCCCACCAGAUUGUGCUAGUGUCGUUGCUCUAUAUUUGGUCCAUUUGAAUUUGAUGCUGAACUAAUAAUUGACCAAUGAAAACACAAUGUAAUAAGUGCUGAUAUCUGUUGUAUCUGGUGUUCAAAAAUCUCAUUUUGUUUUGUAUCAACUUUUUGAUACUAUUGUUUAAUUAAAUUUUAUUCCGCUUCGGAUAGAACUGAUUGCGUAUGUAUAAAAUAAAUUUUACCAAUUUUCACGAUGAAUGAAGAGUUUUUCGGAGGAAACAUUAAAAUGUCAGUAGUGGCUAUGUCUAUCUAAUUUAGCCAAUAUGUGAUAAGCAAAUCGAUAUGAUCUCGAACAUUAUUGUUCAAUUGUCUGUUCUUAGGAUUGUUGUAAUGUGGUUUCACAUUUACGGCAAUAAUACAAGAAUUUAUUGGCAUUUGUCAAAGCAUGGAUAUCACAGCACGGUUUUGAUGUGAUAACUAAAUUAGGCGAGCACUGCACUUGAUCUUUUUGGUUAAUAUGAGGAGUGAAUCGCUGGUACGAAUACACAAGGGAAUUUUUCACACUCAUUUUCAUUAUCCAGAGUGAAAUAGCACACUCAUGUAAAUUGUAAUGAAAAGGAAAGAAUGAUGUUGCGCGUCAAAUGUCUGUGUAAAUCCUUAGUGUAAUCGUGGCUUUCGUUCGCUCUCGUUCGGGUGAAGUCGACGAAAUGGGACCUUGCCUUUAUUAAAUUUUCUCUUCUGGCGUGUGGUCGCACCAUAUUUUAUAAUUUUAUUUUAUCAGCACUAAUCCAACUGCUAAUAAAUCCUUGUUAUAUUGUUUUUCGUUCAUAUUGAAUGAGGGUGAAUGAAUGUGUGAAAUUAAGGUGCCAGGUUUUACAUUCCUGUGUAAUCUUUGGGUGAAUAAGUUAUCAAAGUCAAUCGGGAAAAAUCCUGACCACACCGUCUUUUCUUUUUUUUAUCUUAUGUUGCCAUAGUAUAUUUACACGUAUUUUCCAAGAUUAUGGUAAUUUUUUAAAGGAUUAAUUAAAUUUAGCAAAAUUGUGAUAGUAAUCGAACAAAUAUAUUUUUUUUAAUUCGAUAAUUUGUGUGGGGGCGAAAUAAAAUAAUUUUGUUAUCAUGAAAGCAAAGAUGCCAGUUAUUGGGAUAGGAUUUUAACUGGUCAUAUAUUAUCUAGUUUAAUAUUUAUUUUUGUACCUCCUAUCUUUAUUAUUUACCUUCUUCCUAGUCGUAUUCUUAGGUAGUGACCAUUAUGUAUUGAAUGACGCAAGAUUUACUAUGAUACCGUUUCUUAAGUAUGAUUAAUAAUAAAAUGGCUAAUUUAUUAAAAGUAUAUCAUUAAAUUAAUUAAUUCUUAUUCUGUUCGCUGUAUUUGAAAAAAUAAAUGUCAAUAAGCACUCCUAAUUAUAAUUUUUAGUAAUCAUUUUACAACUAUAGACAGGUAUUAGGGUAAGCAUCGCUAUCCUUGACGAAACUUCAUCAAAACUGGGUAAUUAAAUGUUAAUUUUUAUCAGUAUAUAACAUUCGCAGUUUACCCAAAUCCCUGUAUACAUGGUUACCAAUCAAAAAUAAAUUGUAAAUAACCUCGAGACCCUGUUAUGGUCGCGGAAUAGACAAACCAAGUGUGGUUACUACUUUUGUUACUCUGCUGUGUCAUACGAUCAAAAACGCGUCCUAAUUUAUAUAUAGGUACGUAAUCGGAAUCGUAUUUUUUUAAAAUAAUGUGUACUAGAGUACCGCGCCACGAAAUCAUGAAACCGGUACCUAAACGCGUCGCCACAGUCUUUUUCAAUAACAACGUGCUGUAUAGCUUAUUGAUAGUCCCAUAUAUCGCCACGGGUCUGCUUUGGUGUUACGGACUCGACUCAUUUUCGAAAAAAAAGUCAAAUGCGACUUGUGUUUGAAGGUAAAAUGUAGAAUAAUUAAAUCCUGCCAAAUAAUUUGUACGUAAACAAAUGUGAAAAGUACACAAGGGGAGAGGGGAUCUGUGAUUAUUUAUUUAGUAAAAUGUGUAUUGAAUUGAGUGACUGAUCGUGUGAUGUUAGUAGUUCAUUUCAGUGUCAUUUCUAUAUAAUAUGUAAAAGGUAAUACAUAUAAUAAUGUUCAAAUGCCUAAUAAUAAUGUGAUAGUCAAAUAUAUCGACGAUUAAACUUUUUGAUGAAUAAAAUUAGAAUAAUUUUUCAUACAUAUCCUCAAUUUAGCCUCACAAUUUUUAUUAGUAAUAUAUUCACCCAAGUCAAGUAUGUAUCACUUUAACUAAAAUGAGAGAUGUGUAGUUUUAUAAGUUGUAAUUUUCAAAUUUUUUUUACCUUAAUCAAUACAAUAAAUUAUUUUUCUAUUGAUACUUA